AUGACCUCUUUAAACCACAAUAAUAACUUGUGCCUUGUCACCCUUCACCUCCCUCCCUCCACCUCUUGCCACUGCCCUGACCAUGUGCCGCCUAGGGAGCUUGACAAGAAAUUUGAUGAAAUUAAAAACCUUAAAAACACUCUAAAUAACAACCCUACUAACAUCCUUAAUAACCUUUGUUCUGGCCUCGAAAAGUUUCUCGGCUUCAACUCUGAGACUAAAGGCUACGACGGCUCUGGGAUUGUGUACUCAGACCUGGAUAGGCUUUGUGACGGGGUGAUGGGAUUUUUGAGUGGUGUGCUUGGUGCGGUGAAAGAUGAUGAUGCAGUUAAAACGUACGAUAAAUACAUGGAUAGAAAGCUUAGUGAAGUACUAAAAGAGGUAAAUAAUAAAAUUGGCUCCGGGCGUGCUGGGCUUGUGGAGUCUGUCGCCGCGGUGAAGGGGUGGUUGGAGGGGUAUGGAAAGAAAUUGAAUGAAAAAACUAAUAAUGUUAAAAAACGUUUAACAACACUGAAAACUAAUAUAAUGAAUCACGCUAGCGACGUAGAUACUUUAAAAAAUACUAAGCUGCAAACGCAGUUGGAAUGCUUCAAGAAGUACCUUGACGACUUGUCGGGGUGGGUGUCUGGGACUCAGACGGAACACAUUAGUCACUUAGAUGAAUCCUUAAAAUGUCGCAUUGAGCAGAAGAACCAAGCUAUCAAGACGACACUGGAGGUUUUUAAAACCUCAUGCUUAAAUUCAGAAUUUAGCAGGCAGUGUCAGCAGGUAGAGACCGACUUUGAGGAGCGGCAGAAUGAGAUGAUAAUGGAAAUCGAUGAAAAAUCCAUGGAUUUUCAACAGAAGUUACGCAUUCAGUUUUCAAACAUUUUGGACGCAUUGGCCAAUUUAAAUGGCGUUAAAAGAGAACAGCUUCAGAGCAUCAGAAAUUUUGUCCAGCAACGGCAAGCAGAUUUAGUUAAGCUGAACAAUAUAUACAUGGAUCAUGUGUCACAUGCCUUUAAAGAAUUGACAGGUAAUUUGGAUGUAGUCGAUCACAGGAAUGGCGCUGUUGGCGCCAAACACGGCAAGUCUGCUCUUCAUAUGGAAGUAGAGUGCAUUAGGUCCAAGGUUUUAGAAUUUUGUGAUAACUUGCACGACAAUGUCAGAGCAUUACAGCGAUGGAUAAAUGGAACGAGAAAUGACAUUGGAGCAUGUCAAAAAAGUGUUUCCGCUAUCAUGGGUGUUGCUAAUGGCGGCACUGGCAGUAAGAGAGAAAUGAUAAUCCAAGCUGCGCAGCAAAUUAGCGCGCAGACAAAAAUUCUAAAUUCGCAAUUUGAUGGGAUGAAGCAAAAGUAUAUAAAAGUCUGCGAAACUGUUAAUGGAUCAGGGGACAGCGCACAGAAUGGACUCGUUAAAGACCUUAGUCAGCUUCAGAGUCACAUUACGUUGACAUCCAAUAUUGACGACUAUAAGAAGAAUGGUGACGGCGACUGGGCUCUAAGUAGUGAUAUUAAUGCGCUGACAGAUGCGAUUGCGACCAAUGUUCAAGGCUACGUUACGGGGCAGUUGCCUAACCAGAUCAGCGGGAAGCUUGGCAGAUUUACUAAUGACAUUGCAGUGAGCACAACGAAACCAGGUUCACUUAUUGACGUCGUCACAGGAGUGGCAACGUAUGUAAAUAAGUAUAAAGAAUUUGAUACACAUAUUGAUGGAUGGAUAGCCCAAGUCUUCGAGAGUGAAGGAAUAAAGAAGUUACUUGGUUGGUAUGUUGGAGAGAACAAACGUCAAAAUAAUUUGAAGACAGCAUAUCACAAUACUGUGACUCAGUAUGUUAGGCAGACAAUAAUAAAGAAGCUUCAGAGCAUUGCUCAAGAAGCCAGGUCUUCCAUCAGCACCCAAGGCAAAAUUGAUGACGAUUUACAGUUAAUCAAAACAUUUCUCGACAGGUUCCAAUCGUCUGUUCUUCAGAGAGAAGUUGACGAAAUAGUCCGUACUGUUGAAAAAGAAGUGGUGGACGCAGGCAAAACCCAACCUUCUAAAUACGCGUACUAUCUAGAGUCCGCAGUAAAAACUGUUCUUGCCUCAAUCUCUACAGCUACUGAAAAAUUGUCAAACGAAAUAAAUACGUUCAAGACCACAUCCCAUAUUGGCAAAGUGCAGAGAGCUAUAACAGAAGUAAAGGAGCUGAGCGAGAAGCUUAAGAAACAGAUCGUCACCGAUUCUGGAGCACUAGGCAAUGAUCUUGGCCAGUCAAUUAACAGUGCGCUCUUCAGUGCAGCCAUAUCUGGGGACUUCAACAAUCAACUUGGCAAACUGCUCGAAAAGGCUGUUAAAGCAGGCAUACAGAAGCUGCAGCAAGCUCUGCAAACACCGGUAAUUAGUAAAUUGACACAAAUGCAGAAUGAUGUGAGUACGCUUGACACCGCUGCACGAGGCGCGAAAGAUUUGCUUGAAAGGCAAUCGGAAGAUGUAAAAAUGAAACUAGGAGAACUUACGCAAUCGAUUAGUGACAUCGGCAUUGAUUUAAGCGCGAAAUUGCAGAACUUGCUAAUUGAGAGAAUCGAUAAUCGUCUGCUAAACGAUAUCAAACAUAGAAUUGAGCAUCUGAGAGAAAGCGAUUUUAAAGGUGUAAGCGCUAUCAUCAACUCUACCAUUGCCAUAAUAGGUCACCUUGAGAAGGUGCCCGGGGAAGUUGAGAGAAAACGAAAACAGGUGGAGGGACUCAUGGCGACAUUCCAAAGGGAAAUGGAGGAUAAUCUUCGAAAGAUUAUAUCAUUCAUAGACGAUGUCGACAGAGCGUUCGAUUCCGCCAUUAAAGCCGUGCAACACAUAUUGGAGGAUGCGGAAUAUAAUGUCAACAAAAUGAUUACCUUGAUGAAAAAUGAUUUCAUUCAUAAAGUCCAAACUUCCUUCUCCCACCUCACCUCCGCCGUCCGCUCCCUCUUCGCCGAGCAGAAAAAGGCCGACCUCCAGGCGCUCAAGGGGGUGGUGGAGGAGCAGAAAAGGGUUGUCGAGGAAAUUAUUGAGGAAGAUAAAAGAACCGGAAUUAAAGGCUUACUGAAGGCUGUAAACGGUAUGAAGUUCACUGUUAACAAACCGGGUACUCCCACCUUUGAGGUUACUGACACCUUGCUUGGUGCCAUUAAAGACCUUAACUUUAGUCAACCUCCAACCGCAGAAAAAUUCAAAAAAUUAUCGGAGCAGUUUCACGACUAUUAUACUAACGUUGACAAGUAUAUCAAGGAUCAAGUCAAACCUUCAACCAACCCCUCACCCAACUCCCUACCCACCGACCCAGCCAGCAAGCUAACCAAAAUCAAAGGUGACUUCGACAAAUUACUUAAUCAUUUAAGUGACUCAAAUAGCACUAAAAAGUAUAAUUACGAUAAAACUUUCGUUGAUUUACUCACCACCCUCUCCUCCUCCCUCCACCUCCUAUCCCCCUCCGCCUUCGCCAACCCCCGGCACCCGGAGCUGCUCGAUGCGGUUAGAGCGGGGCUGCGGGGGUUUGUGCAGGAGAUGGGGAGGGUGUAUGUGAACGGGUAUGAUGAUGAAGUAUUUACUGAUAAAUUGAUGAAAAAGCAAAACGAUUUUGAUAAAGAAGAAAAAAUUACCGAUUAUGGUAAGAAAUUGUCCAAGGUAUGUUUGACCAUCUUAACAUUUUUUUACGAAGAUUUUACAAAGUUGAGAGACGAGUAUUUAUCAAAUACGUGGCAUAAGGAGAAAAUUGACAAAACCACUUACCUCGGAAAGUUUUUCAAAGCUCGCGGAUUUAUUGUGUCUGAUGUAGAUAAGCAAAACGGGGAAUUGCAAGACAAGGAUGGUAUGAAGGGAAAAGACAUAAUUGAUUUGCUAGGUAAAGAUAAGAAACUUUUCAAUAAAAUUGGUGGUCAAAUCUUCGCCGGAGGAGUCAUCGACUUGCAUCGUUAUCUGGAAACAUAUUACCAGGUUUGUCACAUUUCCACCUCCAACGCAACCAGGCAGCCAUGUUCAGUGUUUGAGAUGCUGUGCUGGUUUGCUGGCCUUCCAUGCUCUUCUACGUAUGAGGAGUUGCGUGAUACAACAAUUAGUGACUUAUUUGAAGAUCAAAAUACGCAGUCCACAGAAGACAGUGAGGAUGUUGGCAUCACAUUUACCGACAUGAAAGCUGAAUCCCUAGCAGCGCAGCCUAAGAACAUUACAUAUAACGAUACGAGAGCAGCUGUCGCGCACAUCUGUGCAACAUCAUACGACGUAUUGACCACCGUUCUUGGAACAGGCAACUCCUAUACGAUGUACGGCGUUGACUUUUGCACUAAUGUCUUGAAUUUCAAAUAUCCUAAAACAGGCGACGAUUGUCUACAGAUGGUUUGCGACAUACUUCGUAGACUUCUUCCGCCAUUGAGAUUCUUGCAGAGACAGUGUAGUCAUCCGGCUGCUAUUCAUGGUUGGUCGGACUGCAAGUACGGUAGGGAUAUCCCAUCGGCCAAGUGGUCAUGUAAGGAUCAUCCGGAAGAUGAAUCAAAUUGCCAACCAAACUCUCCACUUAUGUCGUACCUAAAUGACUGUCUUCCUGGCCAUCUUCCGCACCAACUGAGCGACAUUGGCUGCAAGCCCAAAUGUUCCACAUGCCCCAAGAGCACUCCCGGCCAGCCCUGUCUAACACCUCUUGGCUUUAGGGGUCUUACCGGAAGUACGAAGUCAGGCAAAGAGCUAUGCAAAGUGCUGAGCAAAUUCCUAAGUAACGACCAUGUUGCGUGCCUGCUCACUCUGGUACCGAAACCUCCAUCCACACUGCCCGAACACUUCGGGUUCGUGCUAUCGUUUGUAAAAGGUAUUAAUGCCUCAAAACCUAAGAAAAACAAUGGCGUAGUUUCAUUGGCAGACGCAUUUGAGAACUCUAUUAAGCGCACAUCCAUUAACCUUUACGACAACCCAUCUACCUUCACAGAUGCAGUCCGUCAUGCCUAUGGUGACGCAACGAGUAGUCAUGAAAAACAUCCAGAGGUCACAGAAACAGAUCUGUCAACCCUCACUGUGGCUAAAUCAUGUGUCUAUCCUUACAAGAAUUUCCACUGCGGCCCUUACCUUUUCUCGCUAUGCAACGAUUACUAUCACUAUGUGGCCAAUAGGCAUGUUAGCCUCUACCUGUCAUGGGCCAUGUAUCUGCCGUGGACAUUUUAUGAAUAUCUAAGUAAUCUAUUCGAAGCCUACAAAAAUAUAUCUUGCCAAGAAUACGGAUGCCAUCGUUGUAUGAAUGGCAAUCCCUGCAAAAAGGGCAAGCACGGCGUUGAUCACACUUGCCAGUGCAGAGGACUCGUUGAAUGUCGCGGUGUUCUGAGCACAUUACACAGUUUCGGGUUUACAUUUGGUGACCAAAAAGCGUUGUUCAGUACCGAUGAGAAACGCUAUUGCCGCGACUUACACAAUCAGCUGAGCAACGUCCUCAAUUCACAAUACUUCAAAGACCUGUUUAAACAAUGCGACGACUUCCUCUUCACCAUCCGCGCUCCCUUCAUUUGGCUCACCGUCGCCCUCUGGCUCCUCUCUCUCCUCUACCUCAUCCACAUCAUGGUCAUCCGCCUAGACCUGCUCCACAUCAAAUCGCAUCUACAUAGCCCCUCGAGUCAUCGCAUCGCCGCUCAAUCACUACUGGCUGCUAGACGCGUCAACAAACUGGGCAGCGUGUUUUACCUGCAACCAUAA